UUCCCCCUUCGCUCUUUCUCUCCCCCCCGCCCCCGCCCCGCCUUAAUCUCUUCUUCGUCGUCGUCGUCGACGAAUCCACCGAGCGAUCUCCAUUAUCGCCAUCGUCGUCUUCGUCGUCGCCUUCGUCGGGGAGGAGGAGGAGAAGGAGGAGAGGGGGGAGAUCUACGCCGAGGAGCUAUGGAAUCUAGUUAUGCUAUUGAAGAUGCUGGAGAGGCUAUGCAGGUCGAUGGUGGUGGAGAUAAUGCACAAGAAGUGGAGAAAGCAAACAACAAUCGAGAAGAGGAGAAAAAGAAGGAAGACAAUGGAGAAGUGGAAAAAGAAUUAGAUACUGCACUUGUUUUGACCCGUCGGGGGGGAAGCAACAAUCUGUUGGGGCAGGUUGUGAAUAGCGAGGAAGAGGCGUACAGGUUGUAUUGCGACUACGGUCACCGGAUGGGCUUCAGUGUGCGAAAGGGUAAGCAAAACUACUUUUCAGGGACCAAAAAUAUCCGCACAAAGGACUACUGUUGCUCGAAGGAAGGUAUUAGAUACGACGAGCUUCCAUCUGAGGUGAAUACUAGCAGACCGGAUUAUAGAACUAACUGCAAAGCAAUGGUCCGCUUUAGAGUUGAUGAGGAGGGACGGUGGAAGGUGGUUCGGUUUGUGCCCGAGCAUAAUCAUGACUUGGCUAAACCUGAAGAGCGACAUUUGUUGAGAUCCGCAAGGUCAUCUGGUAAAGGUAAGUCGGGGGACGCUGCUGGAACCCCAACGACCAAUGCUGGGUCUUCUAGGGUUGAAGAAGGUAGCGGGAAUGAGAAAGUGGGGUCCACAAAGCGCAGUCACUAUGUCAGCGUGCAAAAGAUGACGGUGAUUGAGAUGGGAGAUUCUGAAAGCCUUGUAGGCCAUUUCAAACGAAGAGCUAAUGAGGAAGGCAUGUUUUAUUGGGAUGUGCAAAUAGAUAAGGCGAAUCGAAUGACUAACUUCUUUUGGAGGGACGGCAGGAGCAGGGAUGAUUACGACAGCUUUGGCGACGUUGUGGUGCUCGACACGUCCUAUCGUACGAGCAGAUAUAACAUGAUAUGUGCAUCGUUUCUUGGGGUUAACCACCAUUGGCAGAAUGUCAUGUUUGGGUGUGCAUUUUUGUUGGAUGAGACGAAGGCAUCUUUUGUGUGGCUGUUUAAGUCGUUUCUGGAGUCGAUGGGCGACCGACCUCCUAAGUCGAUCUUCACUACCGAUCAGGAUCAAGCAAUUUCAGAAGCGAUUAAGGAGGUGUUUCCGAAUACAUCUCACCGCCUUUGUCUGUGGACCCUUCAGAAGAAGGCGCUUGCUCACUUGGGUACUCUUAAUUCUUCCCGAAAGUUCCAUACUUUGUUUAUGAGAUGUAUUCAAGAAUGCAAUUCCGAAAUGGAGUUUGAGGAAACAUGGGCUAAAAUGCUCCGCAAGCAUAACUUACAAGAUCAUCAGUGGCUUAAAAGCCUCCACAAGAUUCGGCAUAAAUGGAGCUCGGCCUUCAACAAAGAUGCUUUCGAUGGCGGGAUCGAGCUUCCGCAGCGGGGCGAGAGUCCGAAUAAUGUGUUGAAUGGGAUCGCCGACAAAUCGGCCUCUCUUACGGAGUUUGUUCUUGCAUUCGAGAAGUUAGUCGAAGGUUGGCGCAAGAAUGAAGCCGAAGAGGACUACCGCUGUCAUCGGCGAGAGCCUUUACGUGCGAUUAAGCAUAGCGAUAUUUUGAAGCACGCGGGGCAAAUUUACACGCACAAGAUCUACAAAGUGUUUGAGAACGAGUUCCUUGACGGGUGCGGAGCGACAUCAGUCGAGGAAACGGCAUGCGGCGGCACGCUAUUCAGGUUCGAGCUGAAGAUGCAAGGGAGGGGUUUGAAAGCGUGUAUCGUCAUUCUCGACACAUCUACCUUGCUAGUUUCUUGUAGCUGUAAGAAGUUUGAGACGAUGGGUAUACUCUGUUCGCACGCGCUAAAAGCCUUCAGCCUCAAGAACGUGGACAGAAUCCCCGAGAGGUACAUCCUGAAGCGGUGGACAAAAGAAGCUAAGAAAGGGCUGUACAAGCUGAUCGACCAAGACGAGUCGUUGCAGCAGGAGUGCAAAGAAGCCGAGUUAGCGUUUUGUUAUCACGCGAUGCGAUAUGCGUAUAAUCUCGUAAUGAAGAGCCAGUGGCACGACGAGUCGAGAAAAUUGCUGUGGGAUGCUUUUGAGACCGGAGAAGAUUCGGUGGAGAAGUUUAUCGAACUCCAAAAACUGCAUGCGCAUUUUCUUAGGAGCGAACAUUAACGGUCCGUGCCUAAUUUGAAGAAUCAGUUCAAAGAGGAGAUGCGGAAAAUGCACUAAAAUGUCGUAUUCUGCUUUUCCGAUUUUGCCCUUGCGGUGUCGAGACGGAAAGAUCGAAGGUACUACUAGACUUGUUGUAAAUUGAUGUCGACUGUGCAUGUCUCCUCUUUUUGCGUUAAGUUAAAAGACUCUUUACUCUCUGAUGUAUAACUAACUUGUUUUAAGUUAAUUCCUCCUCAUAGCAGCUUGUUUUCGCUUAA